AUGGAUCUGGAAACUGGGAUUCAUCGAAACCAAGUAAAGGAAUCAUGGAGAACAGUUCUGACUCUGGCUUAUCAGAGCCUUGGAGUUGUUUACGGUGAUUUGAGCACUUCACCUCUGUAUGUGUACAAGAGCACAUUUGCUGAAGACAUAAAACACUCUGAGACCAACGAAGAGAUAUUUGGGGUGUUGUCUUUUGUGUUCUGGACUCUCACACUUGUGCCUCUUCUUAAAUAUGUGUUGAUUGUGCUUAGAGCUAAUGAUAAUGGUGAAGGAGGGACAUUUGCUUUGUAUUCUUUGCUGUGUCGACACGCCCGACUGAGCUCACUGCCCAAUUGCCAAUCUGCUGAUGAGGAGCUUAGUGAUUACAAGAAGGAGAGUGAUGCAAGGUCCUUGAAGCCCAAUUCGAGUUUCGGGUCGGGUUUGAAGUCCACUUUGGAGAGGCAUAGGGUGUUGCAGAGGUUUCUGCUUGUUCUUGCUUUGAUUGGCGCUUGUUUUGUGAUUGGUGAUGGUGUUCUCACACCAGCUAUUUCUGUGUUUUCUGCUGUUUCUGGACUUGAGUUUUCUAUGUCCGAAAAGCAUCAUAAAUAUGUAGAACUUCCAAUUGCCUGCAUAGUUCUGAUAUGCCUCUUUGCACUUCAACAUUAUGGCACUCAUAGAGUCGGGUUCUUGUUUGCUCCUAUUGUUCUGGCAUGGCUUCUGUGCAUCAGUGCAAUUGGUCUUUACAAUAUAAUUCACUUUAAUCCGACGGUGUACAAAGCACUUUCUCCAUAUUAUAUGUACAAAUUUCUUAAGAAAACGCAGAAAGGAGGUUGGAUGUCCCUGGGUGGGAUUUUGUUGUGCAUAACAGGUUCAGAAGCCAUGUUUGCUGAUCUUGGACACUUUUCGCAGCUGUCAAUCCAGAUUGCUUUCACCUCUUUAGUAUAUCCAGCUUUGGUUCUAGCAUACAUGGGACAAGCUGCCUACAUAUCUACACAUUACACUCAGGGAGGAAACUCCCACAUUGGAUUCUACAUAUCUGUACCAGAGCAAGUGAGAUGGCCUGUUCUGGUUAUAGCUGUACUUGCAGCUGUAGUAGGAAGCCAAGCCAUCAUAACUGGGACUUUCUCAAUCAUCAAGCAAUGUUCGGCCCUGGAUUGCUUCCCUAAAGUCAAAAUAGUCCAUACAUCAUCCAAAAUGCAUGGCCAAAUAUAUAUCCCAGAAAUCAAUUGGAUCUUGAUGCUGUUAUGUCUGGCUGUUACUAUUGGUUUCAGAGACACAAAGCGCAUGGGCAACGCAUCAGGUUUUGCAGUUAUCUCUGUGAUGCUGGUCACAACCUGCUUAAUGUCCCUCGUUAUUGUCUUGUGCUGGCACCAAAGCGUCUUCUUUGCAAUUUGCUUUGUGUUCUUCUUUGGCACAAUAGAAGCUCUUUACUUCUCAGCUUGUCUUGUCAAGUUCCACCAAGGAGCAUGGGUUCCUGUUGCUCUUGGUCUGUGCUUUUUCUUCGUCAUGUAUGUUUGGCACUAUGGAACAGUUAGGAAGUAUGAGUUUGAAGUCCAGAACAAGGUCUCCAUUAACUGGCUUCUCAGCCUUGGUCCGAGCCUUGGCAUUGUCCGAGUUCGUGGGAUUGGCCUCAUACACACCGAACUGGUAUCUGGAAUACCAGCUAUCUUCUCCCACUUUGUUACCAACCUCCCAGCCUUUCACCAGGUUGUAGUUUUCCUCUGCAUCAAGUCUGUCCCAGUCCCACAUGUUAGACCUGAGGAACGGUUUCUUGUGGGGCAAAUUGGUCCAAGAGAGUAUCGACUAUACAGGUGCAUUGUGCGAUAUGGAUAUCGGGAUGUUCACAAGGAUGAUGUGGGCUUUGAGAAUGAUCUUGUCUGUAGUAUAGCAGAGUUCCUAAGAUCAGGAAGCAGUCCUGAGAAAAAGAUUACGAGUGAAGAUUUUGAGAAUGAAAAUGACAAAAUGACGGUUGUUGGAACACGUUCUACUCAUGCAGACGGGAUUCAGCUGAGUGAGGACAAUGUAGAAAUGACUCCGGAAAUUACUACUCUGGGGCAAAGAGAAAUAAGAUCACCGCCACCACCGGUGAAACAGAGAGAAAUAAGGAAGAAGGUAAGGUUCAUCGUUCCGGAGAGCCCAAAGAUCGAUACAGGAGCAAGGGAGGAAUUGCGAGAGCUAAUGGAAGCUAGGGAAGCCGGAGUAGCUUACAUAGUAGGGAACACAUACAUGAAUGCAAAGAAGGGGUCAAGUUGGAUGAAGAGGUUUGCCAUUGACUACGGAUACGAGUUUUUGAGGAGGAAUAGCAGAACAGCUAGCUAUGCACUAAAUAUUCCUCACGCUUCUACUUUGGAGGUGGGGAUGAUCUACCAUGUGUGAUUUUUGUCAUAGAUGUGAGAAUUAGAUCUUGUUAAUGUUGUGCAAAUAGUUGAAGGCCACAGAUUUAUAUGGUGGCUGAAAAAUGUGUCAGAGGAAUUUGGCAGGUUCAUGAUCACCCUUUUUGGGUUUGUGAGAAGAAUAUAGGACAAAAGAACUUGUUCACCGGGCCUUUCAGGCAUAGUUAUACAGUGUAGAUCAGAAGGGUUUGGUUGGUUUAGUCUUCUGAUUAGUCUCCGUAUGGAUUAGUCUUUUGAUUUAUAAAAUUUGGUAGGGUGGUGGUGUAAC